AUGCUGGCUCUCGAAUACUGCACAUUUGCGCUCCUGCUGGCAGGGACAACCACUGCGCACAUUGGACGUGGUGUCCCGCUCGUGUCUGAGAAGCAUGUCGAUCAGCACCAUCGCUUUGAGCGCCUUCAUGCUCGUGAUGGGCCGCCGACUAUGUCCUCAUGGGCUAAGCUCAAGGGUGCCCAGGAAUGCAAGGACUACAGUCUCCCCAGCUCGGCGAAGCUGCAGAAGAUUUAUCCUCAGGGGAAUCAGAUUGCCAAGAUUGUCGAUGGUGACAGUGAGGCGCAGUCCGUUUGGAAGGAGAUUCAGUCCUCCGGGAUUAUUCCUUCUAAUGUGCAAGUCAAGAAAGACACCGACAAUCACAUGGGCAUCGACGAUAAUGGCUACAAUGCCGGAUCGGACCCUGACUGCUGGUGGUCGGCGAGUGGCUGCACGAAGCCCAAGGCGAAAGGGCUGAGUGAGGACCUGUUCGAAUGCCCGGAGCCGCACACUUGGGGCCUUACCUUUGACGAUGGCCCGAACUGUGGCCACAAUGAAUUUUACGACUUUUUGAAAGAUAACCAGCUCAAGGCGACCCUCUUCUACAUUGGUGCCAAUGUGCGCGACUAUCCGCUUCAGGCCCAACGUGGUUUGGCUGAUGGUCAUGACAUUUGCUUGCACACGUGGUCGCACCACUACAUGACGACUCUGUCGAAUGAGCAGGUGUUCGCCGAGCUGUACUAUACGCUGCGCAUCGUCAAGGAUGUGCUGGGUAUUACGACGCGUUGCUGGCGCCCGCCAUUUGGUGAUGUGGAUGACCGUGUGCGUGCGAUUGCCACGGCGCUCGGUCUUCGCACGAUCAUCUGGGACCAGGACACGAACGACUGGGAUAUCAAGCCCGAUGGCACGAAAUCUACGCAGCAGAUUGACUCCAACUACCAGAAGAUCAUUGAUCUUGCGUCUCAGAACAAGGUUGACGACAAGGGUGUCGUCGUGUUGACACACGAGAUCAACUCAGAUACGAUGAACGAGUUUAUGAAGAUGUUCCCUAAGGUGAAGAAGGCUUACAACAAUGUGGUUCCUCUGACGGCCUGCAUGAAUGCUACGACGCCUUACGUGGAGGACGACAUCAAUUACCCUGCCUUUAACGACUUUAUCAGUGGUAAGGUCCAGCCGAAGGGCCUGCCUGACAUGGACACGUACCAAAUCGCUGUGGCUUCUAAGGUCGACAUUACCAAGGAGAGUGACCAGACAUCCCCUGGUGGCUUCUCGGCCAACUCGCCGCAGGCGGCGUCCGCUUCGGAAGCCUCGGACGACGACACACAAAAUACUUCUGAUUCCGACUCGAAGGAUGAGCCUCCAUCUUCCCAAAACGCCUCUGAGCGCCUCCGCGCGACGCCGACGGUAGUGCUCGCGCUUGCGGCAUGCCUCAGCGUUGCACUGUGGUGGUAA